UCACCUCGGCAGCCUCUACCUGUCGUAUACCAGAGUUGCUCUCAGUUACCCUUUCUCGCCAGCGACUCGCGAACCGCAACAAUCAGCUAGCACCGCGCCGGAACUCGAGCAGCAGGCGAAGAUGGCACCCCAGCCGGAGGAGGCGCCCAAGCCUUCGCCGGAGGAGUCUCGCGAGUGGACGCUGCGGUUCAUCCAGGCCCUCGGAGUGGACGCGUCCCUCCCGGCCUCGGCGGAGCGUCCCGACGCCCACUCCGCCCUCGUCCGCGCGCUCCUGUCCUCCGUCACCGUCUCCUCCUCCCCCCGGCCGCGCGUCUCCUGCACCCUCACCGUCUCAUCCGCCGCAACUAACGCCUACAACACGCUCCACGGCGGCGCGGUGGCGGCCGUCGCGGAGGCCGUCGGGAUGGCGUGCGCGCGCGCUGCGGCGGGGGAUAAGGAGAUGUUCCUCGGCGAGCUCAGCACAGCGUAUCUCUCAGCCGCCCGCCUCGAUUCUGAAGUGGAAGUAGAAGCGCAGAUACUGAGGAAGGGCAGAUCUGUUGUGGUUACUACAGUUGAGUUUCGGCUCAAGGACAGCAAGAAGCUCUGCUACACAUCUCGAGCCACCUUCUAUAUCAUGCCGGUGGCAAGCCUGUAAAUCAUCUCUUACGGCUUGGGGCACGACCUGCAAGUUUGAUGAGUCUGAAUAAUACUGUUGCCCACAAGCACAAGCAACUUAUAUAUGUUACAGAUUAGGAAUAAAAACUGAAGUGAGGUAUAAAUCAUCAGCACAGCAGUAUAAAGUUAAGGAUGCAGAGCUCUUGUAGGACAACGAAGCUUUUUUCAGUUUAUUCUUCAAUUAUUUUCUAGUAUUUCAUUCCUUUUAUUAAACUAGUCUCUCAUUUGUACCUAGUUAGUCGUCAAUCAUUCUUCAUUAGAGAAGUUCUCUAUGUCUAUCAUUGUUCAUUACUUUGAUCUAUUUUUUCUCAUUUCA